ACAGGCGUGGAACCGUUGCCCGCCCAGCGGUUGAAGGCCAAGCGGUUUGCUGCCUAGUGGCUUAGCCAGCUUGACAUCCUGGCGACCGCCACACUCCGAGACAGUGUGCCAUCCGUCCGCGGCUCCAUGGAGGAGUCAGCCCGAGGCUCCAUCGACGUGAGUCUCGUGGUGGUAGUCCAUGGUGGCGGAGCCAGCAACAUCUCAGCCGACCGGAAAGAGCGGGUACGCGAGGGUAUCACCAGAGCAGCCACCGAGGGCUACAACAUCCUCAAGGCCGGAGGGAGUGCAGUUGAUGCUGUGGAAGGAGCCGUGAUUGUCCUGGAAAAUGAUCCAGAGUUCAACGCAGGUUGUGGGUCUGUCCUAAAUGUGAAAGGUGACAUUGAGAUGGACGCUAGUAUCAUGGAUGGGAAGGACCUGUCUGCAGGAGCGGUGUCUGCCGUGCGCUGUAUCGAGAAUCCCAUUAAACUUGCACGCCUUGUUAUGGAAAAGACACCUCACUGCUUUCUUACUGGCCAUGGUGCAGAGAAGUUUGCAGCAGACAUGGGGAUUCCAGAGAUACCUGUAGAAAAACUGAUAACUGAGAGAAGCAAGAAGCACCUAGAGAAAGAGAAGCUUGAGAAGGGGGCCGAGAAAACUGACUGCCCUAAAAACUUGGGAACGGUGGGUGCUGUUGCCUUGGACUGCAGAGGAAACUUGGCUUAUGCGACCUCUACUGGGGGAAUUGUCAAUAAAAUGGUUGGCCGGGUUGGAGACUCACCUUGCAUAGGAGCUGGAGGUUAUGCAGACAAUAACCUUGGAGCCGUUUCAACCACAGGACAUGGGGAAAGUAUCCUGAAGGCGAAUCUGGCCAGACUGGCCCUCUUUCAUGUAGAACAAGGAAAGACUGUAGAUGAGGCUGCUGAAUUGGCAUUGAAUUACAUGAAGUCAAAGCUCAAAGGUCUAGGUGGCCUCAUCUUGGUCAGCAAAGAAGGAGACUGGGUAGCAAAGUGGACCUCUGCCUCCAUGCCCUGGGCAGCGGUGAAGAAUGGCAAGCUACAGGCUGGCAUUGACCUCUGUGAAACCAGGACCAGGGACCUGCACUAAACCCCAGAAGACUGUGAUCUGCCUGCUAGCCUGGAGGUGAAGUUGAACUGCCUGGUAUGGAGACCCAGCUUAAUCAAUUAGACAUAGACAUGGAAAACUUAUGCAGUCUGUCCCUCCUUUUGUUGCCUUGAUCAAUAAGUCAAUGAAUGUUUGGUUAAGGGUUGAGUUCUGGAGUGAUGGGAGAUGCCUGUGCUAAAACCAGUGGAGAUGGAAGCCUUAGGUAACCCUCCUUUCCCAGUCUCCACUGUGCAUGCUAGAAGGGAAAUGCCAGAUUUUUGUCACAGAAUUGCCUCUGGGCUGGGAAUGCCUUUUGGAUUGGGAGAACAGCAAUUUGCCGAGGAUAGGCUGGGAGAGUGUGGGGGAAGGUCUGGAGAAAGGUGUCUGAGAGAAAGACCCAGGUCCAGGUGACGCUCAAAAUGUUAGAGUUCAUUCUGAGUCACAAGCACCUGACAAGGUAUGCAGGGAGGAGCUCUUCAUCUGUGAGGGGAAAUGGAUCUUUCCAGAAAGCUCAAACUUCUCCAACACACAUCUGGGUACUUGAAGAGUCUCCAUAGCUGUAGACUAACGUGGUCUUUGGGGUUUCUUAAUGUCUGGGGCUUUUUCUUGGCUCACAGGUGACCCCACCUGACCCCAGCCCCAGUUGUCCUGACACGGGUUCGCUUGGGCCCGUGACCUUUCCAGCCUCUCCAGCAGUGGGUUGGCAGAUGGCUGGAGAGAUGACACCAAAAGAGUGGACUUCCAGUGCUUUGGGACAGUUCCACACUGAAUCAAACGUUUAGGAUGGCAAGCAUGACGCAAAGUGCGCUCUCCUCAGUGAGAGCACCCUGUGCACCUGCCAUCACCCUGAAAAUGGCAUGUCUGCUCAACUUUUUAGUCUAUGGGAGAAUUCCCUCCUCUCUAGGAAGAAACUGGUUAACUUUAAAUUCCACAUGCCACUAAUAAAAUGUAUUUUUGAAAGAA